CUCGAUCGGAAUACGAUAGAUGUUUGUGGUCUGGUAAGUAUAUCGAUCGACACCAUGAACAUCGUGGUCGAAUUGAACGAUGUCCAAUGUAUAGGGUCUAAUUAUGUACUGCCAAGCAUGUCAACAUGCAAGCUGGAUCCAUCCUCCUUGAAUGACGGCUUGUCAAAUAUGCUCCAAGAUCUUAGUAAUGGACGAAAGAAGGCUAUAGACGUCGACGGGGAAAAAAUUAUUGCCGGAAAAGUUAGUCUGACCAGACCAGAAACCAACACAAACAUGUUUCCCGUCAAAUCAAUCAUUCCAAAGGGUAAAAAAGAAAAGGCAAAAAUCAAAAACAAAUUUUCCCUCCUUUCCUUUCCUUCUUCGCUUCUUUCAACCUUCUCUCUCUACCAGUGCGCCUUCUCCACCACCACGCUCCCUCUUCUUCCAUCGUCUUCUCUAUAUGCUCACUGAAUAUAAUAUUCCUCUUCCUCUUCAUUACUACCUCUCUCAGAUCUGCAGCACUCCUCUGUUCUCACACCUUCAAAUGACAAAUGUGUCUGCCUCUGUUAUUGGACCAAAAAUCAUCGGCAGCACACUCUAGACUUCGACUCCCAUGGCGGAACGCCGACUAGCUGAUCCCAGCAGGCUCCACCUGAGAAAAGAGCUCACUCAAAUCAGAAAAGCCUCCCGCGUCCUCCGAGACCCAGGUACCUCUUCCUCCUGGAAGAAAUCCCCUUUCCCCCCUCCUUCCUCCUCCGCCGCCUCCAGAUCUGCCGGCGCCGCUCCUCCCUCCUCCAAUGCCAACAAUGCCGCCGACCCAAUUCCCAGCCGCCCUGUCUUCCUCUACAAUUGGAAGUCCUCCCACCAAAACCCCCUAAUUUCUGCUGCUUCUGCCGAUGGUGAUGAUUAUUAUUACGGCGAGUCCUGCUCCCUACAGGAAGAGAGUCUCGACGGCAGCCUCACCGACGUCGGAGCUGCUGCUGCGGCGGGGGGGAGCGACACCCAUGCAUUCUCCUCCUCUGUCGCAUCCAAGAUUCUCCGCUGCCGCGACGCUGCUCUGGUUUCUCCAUCGAUUAACAAGCGAGCUGCUCCGAUCAAGAAGCAGCGGGGUAAGAAAUCUGCUACCCGGUCGGAUGUUCUGUCUAGAUAUGGCCACCACCACAACCACAACAACAAACCUAAUUUGACCCAAUUGCUUAGAGAUCAUCCUUCUCUGGCUUUAGCCCUAGGCAGCAGGGAAGGGACUUCGGUUGACCAUUCCGAUGCCACUACCGAGGACUACGCUAAUGCUCGUUCGGAGGAUUUGAGGAAGUUGUCUUCCGCAUCCCCGUUGCUGCUGAAGCUCAAGCACAAGAACUGGGCUCGUUCGCCAUCAGCAUUUCUGAGGCAGAGUAGUCAAAAGGAGGAUUCUUCUUACUCUUACAACACCCCUGCAUUGUCGACUAGCUCGUACAAUCGGUACUACAAUCGCAAUGCGAGCACAGUUGGAUCUUGGGACGCCACCACGAAUGAUGGAGUGGAUGAGGAUGAUGAGAAUUUGGAUUUGGCUGGUGGUCGUGGAUGUGGGAUGCCUUGCUACUGGCCGAGGAGGACUCCUCGGCACAGUAGAGGGUCGUAUGGUGGUGGUAGUUGCUGCUCUCCUUCACUGUCGGAUACGUUGAGGAGGAAAGGAAGUCGGAUUCUUUGUGGUGGUAGUCAGUCGAUUGGUGGUCAUCGAUCGAGGCGUUCGUUAUCGGUGUCUGAUAAGAGGAGGAUCGCGUCGAGAAGUGCUCAGGGAGUUCUGCCAUUGCUGGCUGGUGGCAGAGGUGGAUCAUCUCUUGGUACUGCCUGCAGUGAUGAUGAACUAUCUGCAGCGAACUACGGGGAGCUUGAUAUGGAGGCAUUGAGUAGAUUGGAUGGGAGAAGGUGGUCAAACUGUAGGAGUGCAGAGGGGUUUGAGAUUGUUCCUGUGAAUGGAGGAGAUCUUGAAGGAGAAACUAGUCCUGAAAAUAUUAAGAGUUUGAGCCAAAAAUACAAGCCUGUCUUCUUCAGUGAGCUGAUUGGUCAGAACAUAGUUGUUCAAUCGCUAAUGAAUGCUGUUUCUCGGGGGAGGAUUGCCCCGGUCUAUCUUUUCCAGGGACCUCGCGGAACUGGGAAAACAUCAGCAGCCAGGAUUUUUAGCACUGCUUUGAAUUGCACUUCUACUGAUGUAACUAAACCUUGUGGGUACUGCUCAUCUUGUGCUGACUUCGUUUCUGGAAAUAGCAGAUUUCUGUGGGAAUUUGAUGGGACGAGUAAGCAAUGUGCUGACAAAAUGAGAUACCUUCUCAAAAUGGUUUCUCAAGCUCACCAAUUGAGCUCUUCGCAUUAUCAGGUGUUUCUGGUUGAUGAAUGUCACCUGCUUCCAUCUAAGUUGUGGUUGGCGUUCCUUAAGUUCCUUGAGGAGCCACAUUGGGGAGUGGUGUUCAUAUUCAUCACAACAGAUCCUGACAAUGUGCCACGAACGGUACAGUCCCGAUGUCAGAAGUACCAGUUUAACAAAAUUAAAGAUGCAGAUAUUGUAUCGCAGUUGAGGAAAAUUUCUAGUGAAGAGAAUCUGGAUGUCGAAUCAGAUGCACUUGAUCUUAUAGCCAUGAACGCAGAUGGUUCACUUCGAGAUGCGGAGACUAUGUUAGACCAGUUGAGUCUUCUGGGGAAGAAGAUAACUACAUCAUUGGUGAAUGAACUUGUUGGAGUUGUCUCAGAUGAGAAAUUACUGGAACUUUUGGAGUUGGCAUUGUUAUCAGACACUGCCGAAACAGUGAAAAGAGCCAGGGAUUUGAUGGACUCAGGGAUUGAUCCAAUGGUAUUGAUGUCUCAAUUGGCUAGCCUUAUAAUGGACAUCAUUGCUGGAAUUGGCAAUGCAGGCGAUGGCAGAUCUAGCAAUUCAUUCUUUGGUGGAAGAAGCUUGACUGAAGCAGAAGUGGAUAGAUUAAAGAAUUCCUUAAAGGUUCUGUCAGAUGCUGAAAAACAACUAAGGUUUUCCAGUGAUCGUUCUACAUGGUUCACUGCAACCCUUUUACAGCUUGGUUCAGUGCCUUCACUAGAACUCACAAUCUCAAGCAACAGUAAAAGGGGUAGCAGCUCCAGGGCGACUGAGGAAGAUCCUUCAAGCGCUUCAAGAGGAGCAACGGUUUACAAACACAAGUCAGAUGCUCAGUCUCUACCACGAAGAUCGAGUUCACCUGCUUCUUUGUACGAUGCAAUGAAUGGUAGCUCAUUUGGGUUGAAUUGCAAGUCCCCUCACAGUCAAUUGACGGGUACCUGUAGCUCGUCUCUUUCUCAGGAUGGGAGCAUGUCUGGUGACACACCAUCUCGACUUAGAGACUCAGAAAAGUUGGAUUUCAUCUGGGAGAAGUGCAUUGAGAAGUGUCACUCAAAGUCUCUGAGGCAGCUGUUACAUGCACAUGGGAAGCUUUUGUCCAUAUCAGAAGUUGAAGGUGUGCUGGUUGUGUAUGUUGCAUUCUUUGACGGAGAAAUCAAAGCAAGAGCUGAAAGGUUUAUGAGUAGCAUCACAAACUCCAUAGAAAUGGUCUUGAGACGCAAUGUAGAAGUCAAAAUUAUCCUCGUCUCUGAUACUGACUUUCUUGUCAAUGGUUCACAACGAAGUGGUCCCAAGAGAAAGGGAAGUCGCUUGAAUCCACUGGAUGGUUAUUCAGAGCUUAGUGGCCCGGAAAGUAAGCUAAAGGGAGGGGCAGCAGGAGAACACUCUAAGUUGUCACAAGAAUUGCUUCCUGAAGCUGACGGCACUGAAAUGAAGGAAACUGGGGUAGCGAUACCAAUGCAAAGAAUAGAAUCUAUCAUCCGGGAGCAGAGGCUAGAAACUGCAUGGUUACAAACAGCAGAGAAAGGAGGCACACCGGGGACUUUAAGCCGGCUGAAACCAGAGAGGAAUCAGGUGCUACCUCAAGAGGAGAUAUACCACCAUCAAGAAAGAGAAAAGGAAACUUCAAAGCCAACAACGGGGUUGUCUCCACGUCAAUGGGAAGAGUUGAAUCAGGAACUGAAGCUUCUAAAGAUGCAGGAUCCAAAGGAGGUCUUGAUAAAGGAUCAACUUGGUAGAAGGGCUGGCCACAGUCCAAUGUCACCUAGCUUGCUUCAUAGUAACGGCUUCACCAACUUCUCAAACAGAGAAAGUGGGGGGUAUGAGUCAAGCACUGCAGGUGGAGGUUGCAGCGGGCUCUUCUGUUGGAAUGCACAGAAAUCCCACAGGCGAAAGGGUAAUGUUGCUACUGCGCGGUCUCGACGGAGAGUUGGAGGAUUUUCACUGUUUGGUGAGUGUGGAAAGCAAAAGAAGAGUGGGAGCAGGGCUAGAAGAAGGUAGCUCAUAUGGCAACAAUCUGAGUGCACUUGUGGGUCUCUGCUGUUUCUUCUGCGUUUUCUUUUGCCCCCUCUUUGUUUUCGGGACAUUUUUUUCAUUGAAAAAGCCUAUAUUCUUUCUUAGUUAGCGACAUUGCCCAGGAACAAUAACACGAGAAAUGUUUAUUUCAUUAUGUAAAGAGCGUCCUCGCUUUUGUUUUUACUGCUAUAGACUCCCAUUUUGGUCAUGUUUUUUCCUCCAUUGAUGAAUAAGAGAAUCAAGGUUGUAGAUUUGG